AUGUUCAAGUGGUGUAUUGAGAGAGAGAGAGAGAGAGAGAGAGAGAGAGAGAGAGAGAGAGAGAGAGAGAGAGAGAGAGAGAGAGAGAGAGAGAGAGAGAGAGAGAGAGAGAGAGAGAGAGGCAUAACAGUACAGGAGCCGAUAAAGCAGUCGUUCUGUGGGUCAAUGAGAAGAGACACCCACUGGAAAUGUUUGAUACUGUCUCUGCUCAUUUACGGGUGUCUCGCCGCCAUCGCCUGGUGUCGUCUGGCCGUCGUGUCGCGGGUAGUUGUCAGUUUCUAUCAGGUCCCUAUGACUAGGGUGAACCAAGCAAGCCCUUGUGAUGAUGGAUACGUUUACAUUCCUGUGGCAUUUGUGAUUAUGUUAUAUUUGGUGUACUUGGUCGAAUGUUGGCACAGCCAUACCCGCAUUGAACUUCAUUACAAAAUAGACGCCAAUACGGUGUAUGAACGGAUUCAGAUCAUGCGCGAGGCUUUACCCGUGAUAUGGUGGAAGGCAGUGUGCUACCAUUACGUACGCAGAACUCGGCAGGUGACGAGGUACCGUAAUGGCGACGCCUUUACCACAACCCAGGUGUAUUACGAGAGAGUCAACACACACACGGCAGGAUCAGCUUUCAACUUUAACAGCUGUGGUGUCAAGGAUAUUUCAAAACACCUAUCAGGCCUGGAGAACUACCCGGCAACAAAAAUAAAGUUCUCAAAGGCGUUUUCCUUCGCGAAUUACGAUGCGGAGAACGAAUUUGAGGAUCAGCGUGCUGACUUUUUCCAGACUCACGAACGACGCGACGAUUAUAUGGAGACUCGCGAAGGAAUGGACUUGCUCAACGUCAGUUUUAAGGAUUACGUCAUUGCCUUCGCCGACCCAGAUCAUCUACCAUGGUACGUGUCUCAUAUAAUUUUCUGGAUUGCUUCAUUUCUGCUGUUAUCCUGGCCAUUGCGUGUUAUCAUUGAAUACAAGACCGCCUACGUUCAUUAUCAUAUACACAAGUUGUUUGGCACAAAUUACAUUGAUCCGCUCUACGGCCCAGGUACAAUGUCUAGAGUGAGCACAAUGGGAAGUUCGGAGCUAGAGAUGCACAUUAGGAAUAAUUACACGAUGGUACCCAGUUAUUCUGAGGCGCUGCUCAUGGACUCCUCCGUGUAUCCACGAACAAUGCAGGAUGCCAAUGGCAAUAUAACACCGAUGCCGUUCCGAUCCACUCCUCGCAGCAUCACCUUCAGCAGCUUCCUAACGCCGACGCAGAGCAAUGGCUACAUCCACGGGCUGAUGGUAAACGGUGAUGUACAGACUGGCUGCAUACACAACAGAUACUUCACUGUCAGUCGAUCAGCUCAAAACUAUAGCUCACAUUAUAACCCGGGUAGUUUUCCCGAUGGGUUCGACACUCCCACGCAGGGCAGAAGGGGUGGCAGAAAAAAAUGGAAACGGAAAAAGAGAUGGCGAAGCUCGCAUAGUACCCCUGAUAUUCAUCAAAUAACACUAGGUUCACUGUCAUCUCCUGAGUAUGACAAUGUAUGCAUGCUUACGCCACCACUUCCGAUUUCAUCUCGUGUCGCCAGGGUUAGGAACGAACACCCGAGUGCGCAUGACCCUACUUCGUCCACCCCCAGACCAUCUUCAUCAAGCCCUCCAUUGUCCAGUCAAAGAGAGACACACGUGAGAUAUCACUCCGCCACGCGGGAAGUAGAGAUGGUCAUUUCCUCACCGGAAGACCCUCCGCCUCGUUAUGAGGACGCCCUCUGGAUGCAAAGAAUCCCCCGAUCGGCUAGACGGGAGGAAGCAGAAUACCUAAGAGAUUUGGUUCACUGGUUUCGCCAUCUUCUUCAGGGAGCGAAUGACCUUGAGCUGAGGUCAUCAGAGGACGCCAGACACGGUUCAACGAGUUAUCUCGAGUUCCUACCAGAUAUCUCUGAAAUCCCCCCAGUGUAA